UCUACACAGAAAAUGAAGGUUCACAUUGAAGUUAUUCACAACGAGACCAUCAAACCUUCUUCUCCAACUCCACACCAUCUUCGCCAUUACAAGCUUUCCUUUCUUGAUCAAAUAUCACCCCCAGUUUUCAUGCCCUUGGUUCUCUUCUACCCUAAGGAAGAUUGCACUAAUCUGACUAACUCAUCAGAGCAAAGUAAUCGGAUUAAGAAAUCCUUGUCCGAUGCCUUAACCCGAUUCUAUCCACUAGCAGGACGGGUUAAGAGCAAUCUUUAUAUUGACUGCAAUGAUGAGGGUGUGUACUAUGUGGAAGCCAACGUUGAUUGCCAGCUCCAUGAAUUUCUUGAGGAUCCAAUCCCUGCUGAGCUCAAUAAAUUUCUACCAUGUGCACUAGACGAUGGGAACGAAUUACCUGCAAUCGUCCAAGUCACUUUGUUCAGCUGUGGAGGGAUUGCCGUUGGUCUUGGCAUAUCUCACAAAGUUGCGGACGGCUUGUCAUUCUUCGUGUUUCUCAACACUUGGGCUGCUAUUGCUCGCGGCGAUAGCGAUAUAGCUAGCCCUCGACUCGAUUCAGCCAAGCUUUUUCCUCCGAAAGCUUUGACUGGCUUCGAACCAAGGACCGGGAUUGUGAAGGAAAACAUUGUGGCAAAGAGGUUUGUCUUCGAUGCCUCUGCCAUAGCAGCUCUUAGAGCCAAAUACACUGACAACACAAGCAUCGAACAUGCAACACGGCCUACUCGCAUUGAAGCCUUAUCAGCUUUCAUAUGGAGCCGCUUCAUGGCUUCUACUCAACCUAAAUCAGACCCAAAUAAGAUCUACACAGUUCUCCAUGCUAUCAACCUACGUACUAGGCUUGACCCUCCUCUUCCUAAUAACUAUUUUGGGAACAUAAGCCGAAUAGCAAUCUCAGUGCCAUCCAUGGAUGCAGAUAAUAGGUGCUCUGACAUUGUUAACCAAGUGAGGAAUUCAAUAAGGGACGUGAACGUGGAUUACGUGAAGAAACUUCAAGAAAGUGAGGGUCAUCUGAAUUUCAUGAAAGAGCGCGCUGCAAGCAUCUCAAAGGGAGAGGUAGUACCCUUCAGCUUCACCAGCUUGUGCAGGUUCCCUAUAUAUGAGGCUGAUUUUGGGUGGGGGAAGCCGGUCUGGGUUGGCUCGGCUAGGUUGACGUUCAAGAAUCUUGUUACUUUCUUUGACACUAACUCCGGAAAUGGAAUUGAGGCAUGGGUAAACUUGAAAGAAAAAGACAUGGCUAAAUUUGAAAGGGAUGAGGAAUUCCUCACGUAUGUUUCAUCGACCCCAAAUGUGAAAACUACAGUGUUAUAA